AUGAAAAAGGGUCUUCUAUGUAUCCUCGUUAUUUUCCCGAUUUUUAGUCUAUGUUUAAAAAUAAAAUCAGAAAUUAUGUUUUUAUUUUUUAUACCCUCAUUACAUAAACAAAAUGGAAACAAUAACAUAAUAAAAAUUCCAGUGAAAAAUUAUAAAAUAAAACAAAUAUCACAUCAUUAUCUUUUUAAUCAAAAUAUAAAUGAUACUAAUUUAUAUAUGUCCAAUUGUGUAAAUGCAAAAAAAAACAAAAUAAAUAAUCUUCACUUUUUAAUAACAUCACCUGAAGCUGCUAAAAUAUACAGAUUUGUAAUUAUAUUAUUAAUAUAUUAUAUAAAAAAAUAUAUAAUACAAAAUGAUGAUACUAAAAAUUGUAUAUCCAUAAAAAAUAAAGACAAAAAUAAUAUAAACCUAAUAAAUAAACUUGUUAACAUUCCAAUAAUUUCUAUAGGGAUAUCAACUAAUUAUAUAAUUAAUAAUAAAUUAAAAAAAAAUGAUUUUUAUAAUAUAUAUAAAAAUAUGUCUUUAGAAAAUAAAAAAAUAUAUGAUAUAAAUAAUUAUGAAUUUAACAAAAUUAAUAAAAGCUUGAAAAAUUUUAAUAUUGUUUUUACCCCAAGUAUAUCAAAUGCAGACACUCUAAAACGAGAAUUAUUUUUAUAUUAUUUUCAAAAACAAAUAAAACUGUUUGAUCUUAAACACAGCAAUAAUCUCGUUGAUAAUAAUCUCACUGAUAAUAAUCUCAUUGAUAAUAAUCUCAUUGAUAAUAAUCUCAUUGAUAAUAAUCUCAUUGGUGUUGUUUGGGUCUCAUCGGCUAUUAGUAUGUCAAAUUUUGAAGAUAUUAAAAAAUGGAAUAUAGAAAAAAAACAAAAUUCUAAUAUAAAAAAUGUUAAUGUUAUGAGAAUAAAUUGCUAUGAUACUAAAAGUAUAAAUUAUAGUAAAAAAAAAUUAAAAAAAAUAAAAAUAAAAAAAAAUUCCAUAGUUUGCUUAAUGAGCAAUAGUGCUGUCUUAUCUUUUUAUCAAAACUUUGGAAACAAUUUUAAUUAUGUUGUAUGUAUGGGAAAAAGUUGUUAUCUCCUUUUGAAAAAAUUAAAUUUUGUAAAUGUAUAUUAUCCAACGAAUUCGAAAUUGGAGUUGUUACUAAACAUGUUGGUCAAAUUGCACCGUAAAAUAACAAAAAAAAUGGCAAUAAAAAAUGGGGAAAAAAAUGAAAAAAAAAAUGAAAAAAAAAUUGAAAAAAAAAUUGAAAAAAAGGCCGAAAAAAAGGCCGAAAAAAAAGUCGAAAAAAAAGUCGAAAAAAAAGUCGAAAAAAAAACAAAUGCAAACUUGGAAUCAAAUUGGGGGGAUACCACAAGUAAUAAUUAUAAAAAUGAAAUUCGAAACAAUAUUCAUGAAAUGGAUAUACAAAAUUCUAAAUGCAUGAACAAACAAAUCAAAGUUAUUCUUACCAGGGAAAAACAUAAAAAUUAUCAAAUAAAAAAAUACCUUCUCCAAAAAAAUAUACCCAUUCAAAUUAUACCAUGCAUAAAAACGGAAUAUAAACACGAAGGAAUUACACACCUUUGUAACACUUUCCUUUCGCAUAUUCAAGAGGACUCUUGA